AUCGAUAAACCGUUUAUUGCCUUUUUUGGAAUGAUUACUUUGAGCUUCAACUUCCACGGCUCACCGCUAGCAUGGCCCCUUCCGCUCAGGCGGAGAAACGACUGCUCUGGCAUCCACGAUGGGAGAACAAGUUCAUGGUCGGAGGAGGCUCUCAGAUGACAAUGUACGAAUGGGCACCCGACGAAUCCCAAAUCCGCCAUAUCACGUCACAAAACGACCUACAAUUCAUGAAGUGUUUCGCAUGGUCUCCAGACCCUACAUUCGACGAUCUCUUCGCUGUCGGUUCAGCAUCAGGCCGCGUCGACCUCAUCCGCCUCGAAUCCACCAAACUCGCGCGGGGCGGCGUGCUCUCCAGCGGACCGGUCGUCACGCUCCCAGUACGCAACACCCGGUCGUGUAACGCUCUUGCGUUUUGUUCUACGGAACCUAAUUAUCUUGCUGUGGGUCUUGAUAAAGUCCGGGGGGAUGCGAGUCUUGUUAUUUGGGAUAUCCAAUCUGCUACUGCGCUUCUCUCGCCUACUAGUCUUCAUGUGAAUGGGGGUGGGGGUGGAGAAGAAGAUGCGGUCGAACCACUACCACCAACAGCUGGAGUUGGAGUUGGAGCUGGAAGCACACACCCCCACCCCCGAAUAGCACGCGCCGAACCCGGACCCGGACACCACCGCACCGACCCCCGCAUCCUCCAACAACACGCCCCCACCGAAAUAGUCUCCACCCUCGCCUUCCUCCCGCACGCAACGCACCUCCUCCUAGCAGGCAUCUCCGCCCGCUGGCUCCGCCUCUUCGACCUCCGCACCCCCGUCCCCGCCACCACCAACAUCGCAACCAAAGUCCACGGCAUAGCGACUUCACCCCUCGACGCGCACCAGAUCGCAGGGUGGGGCGAUGGGGUCGUGUCCGUUUGGGAUGUGAGGAGGCUGCCGGUGCCGCUUGUGACGUUUACGGAGAGGGAUGCGGCUGCUGAUGGGGCGAGGGUGCGCGGUGGGGGUGCUGGGGGUGGGGUUGGGUCGGGGUUUGGAUCGGGGGCUGGGGUUGGGGUUGGGUAUGGGUUUGUGAAUCAUGUGGAGUUUUCGAGCUCGAGGAGGGGUGUGCUUGCGGUGCAUGAGAAGGAUUCGGCGUAUGUGAGGUUUUGGGAUUUGCAGGUUGCGCAUGGGGGGGAGAGUUGUUCGGAUGGGGAGAGGUCGGGGGAGUCGUCGCUGAGUAGGGCUGCGGUUGGGAAGAGGUCUUGGGCGCCUUGGAAUGCUGGUGGUGGUACUGGUGGUGGUGGUGGUGCUGGCGUUGGGUUGAGGCAUGGUAAUGUGGAGGCGCAGGAGGGGCUAGCGCUUGUUCUUUCUGAUACGCGCAAAACGACGAACUUUCGUAAACCUCUUGCGUCUUUCGCGCUCGUCCCGAGCAAGCAAGCGUUUUCGCUUACUUCGCAGGUUAUGGUCGUGAAUAGGGAUGGAGAUCUUGAACUUUAUGCUGUGCAUGAUACGCCGAAACAGGCGUCGUGGAGUGCACGCGGGGAUCUGGCGAUUGGGGCUGGAUUGGGGUGUAAGGUGCUCCCGGGCUUCGAGGACCGUGGGGUUCCACCACAGCCAUGGGAUAUACACGUUCAGGAUACGACGACGACUCGGGGACGCGGGAAAACGGUGAACUUGCCAGCGUUUGGGAGGGGCGAUGAAGAUGGAUUCCCAGCUUUGGAAGGUAAGGGCGUGCCGUCGACACCGGUCAAGGCGAGGACAUAUAGUCCAGCUUCGUUUCGAGACUACCCGCUCGAGCAGUCUGAGCUGUCUGCGUCCCCGAGUAGUAUUGGUGCUCAGACGGCUGCGAGACCUGAGGCUGCAGAUGAGCCGAAAAUAAAAGGACAUCGACAAGUUGGAGAGAAGAGUUCACCGAGAGGGAAGCCUUCGAUACGGAGCGUGUAUCAAGUGGUGGAAGAUGAUAUUUCGAUGACGAUGCGUCGGCGCACUAUUCGUGGGUAUGGGCUAGCAAACCCGAAGCAUAAUUCUCAAGUCGUACAGGAAGACUCUUGCUCAGACACGACCUUGUCAGAGCUAUGGGCUUGGAUACAUCAUUCCCGUGAACUCGUAUGCUCGCCGACAUCAAGAUUACACGGGUAUGAAUUCUCAAACCAAGGGCUUUUGGGACUAUGGGAAGGAUUUGCAGCGCUGCCUCAGGUCCCUGAGUCGAAUGCAUCGUCUUUUAGCAUCCUUGACGGCCUUUUGACUGUACCUCAAAUUUCACCGGGGGAUUCUAGUCUUUCUCCGUUAUCUACUCCUGCUGCGCUCGACCCUUUGACGCGAAUGAGACAGCAGCCUGAUGAUUUUGCGUAUGGGGAUUUUACUGCUGCCGUUGCUGCUCUAUGUGCCCGACGGACAUCGGGUUCGGGACGUCCUUGGAAACCUCCCGUGCGUAAUACAGAGAAGCUUGAACAGAGACUGUUUGCGUUGCAUCUCUGUGGAUGGGGUGUUGGGGAGGAGGAGAUGAGUCAUAGGAUUAGAAGGUGGGAGAAGGAGGGGCAGCAAUCAAGAGCUGCGUGUUGGCUUGUCUUUGUGCGACAGUAUCACAAGGCGCUGGAGUUGCUUAUGCGGAGUGAAGAUGAGAUACACAAUAUCGUGUCAGGCACUCUUGCUGCACUUAUCCCCAGCGCUGGCAGCACACCAUCCAACGAAGUGCGAACCCACGCCGAGCGCCUCAUCGUCCGCCUUGAAGAUCCGUACUUCCGUGUUAUGCUUACCCAGCUCACCUCCAAGGAUUGGCUCAAGGUUCUCGAGGAAGAAUUGCUUCCGCUGCGGGAGCGUCUUUCGAUUGCCUUUCAGUUUCUCGAAGACGACACGCUCUCAUCCUACCUCAAACGCACGACCGACCGGGCUUGUACACGCGGUGACAUCGAAGGCCUCAUAAUCGCAGGGCUCACCCCUGUAGGCAUGGACAUCUUGCAGAGCUACGUAGACCGCACGGGCGAUGUGCAAACCGCUGCUAUCCUCGCCGCCCAUGUAUGCCCUGCCAAAUUUGCAGACUCUCGGGCCGAGCGGUGGUUAGAUACGUAUAGGGACUUGUUGGACGGCUUCAAGCUGUUCCACCACCGCGUUGCGUUUGAUGUUGAGCGGGGGCAGAUACUGCAAGAGGCGGUGUUGGGUGGUGACUUGGCGCCGUUUGAUUGGGCUCCAAAGCAGAUUUUGAUUCGGUGUAAUUAUUGUUCGAAGCCGAUGAAUCCUGUGUUGGGGGAGACACAAAAGGGACGGCCUACUGCUUGUCCACACUGCAGUCGUGCUCUCCCGCGGUGUUCGGUCUGUUUGAUGACACUGAGCAUCGUUCCAGAUUCCACGCGUGAUGUUGAACUCGCGCACUCGCAGGCGGCCUACCAAGACACUAUCGACGAAGCGAUCGUCAUCUGCCAGACAUGUCGGCAUGGCGGACAUGCAUCGCAUAUUCUUGAUUGGUUCUUUGGUGAAGACGGUGCACGUUCGCGUGGUAUGUGCCCUGUGGCGGAUUGUGAUUGUCACUGCGCGGAUGAGUUCUAGGGCUUUUCCCCCUGGAGCUGGAGCCUGAGUUCGGUUUGUCCGCCUUGAGUCGGUGUCACUCCUUGGGGAACAUCUGGUUCUUCACGGGACAUAUACAUAUUACAGUGCCUAAUACUCGGGAAUCCUACGAAUUGGCUUUGCAAGUAUUGGAUGUCGAGUGUUUGGGGCGUAUAAUGGUUGAUAUUGUUAUUCGUGCACGAGUUCGGAAGUAGACUAUAGACAUGCUCAUUGUUAACUAGAUGAAAAGAUGGUUGUGCUGUGUCUCUAUUAAUGGCUAUCGGUGG